UGUCUUUUGAGCUCAGAAUAGAAUACUCUCUCUCUCUCUCUCUCUCUAAAAGCCACGAUUCUCUUCUUCCUUUCAAUUGCAACAACCUACAUCAAAUUCCUCAUAAUCCAAUCCGCUUUACGUCCUUCAUUUCCAGGGAUUUUGUUCCUCCGAGCUAUUUCACUGUGCAAUCAGAAUUCAGCCCAUCAAAUUAUCGUCGAGAUUCGUGCCAGAUUCCAAGUGGGUUCAGCUCGGAUUUUGCAGCUCCUGAAAAUUUACAAUUUUGAUAAUGUGCUGAAUUAAUUGUGAACUCGUGUAACGGAUUGGUAACCCAUGUAAUGGUGUUAUACAAUUGACUUAUAAUGCUAGAAAAUGAACUUCCUUUAAAGCACUUUCCCUUGGAUUUUAAAAACCUUGUAUGAGAAAUAUGCCUUCAUGGUGGGGGAAGUUGUCGUCCAAAGAAGCAAAGAAGAAGGCAGGAAAGGAAAGUUUCAUUGACUCUUUACAUCGGAAAUUUAAGUUUUCUUCAGAAAGUAGAGUGAAUAGUAGAUCAGGAGGAUCUCGAAGAAAUUGCAAUGACACAAUUUCGGAAAAGGGAUGUCAAUCCCCUAUAGAAUCAAGAUCUCCUUCGCCCUCAAAAAAUGUUGCCAGAUGUCAAAGUUUUGCUGAAAGGACUAAUGCUCAACCACUUCCACUUCCUGGUCUACAUCCUGCUCAUGUUGCUCGUACAAAUUCUGGAAUUAGUAUAUCAACAAAACCGAGAUCAGAAAAAGGCUCUAAGCCAUUAUCGUUUCUACCUCUCCCGAGACCUGCGUGCAUCGGUAGUAGGUCAAAUCAUACAGACGUAGAUGGAGACAUGGUCACUGAUUCAGUCUCUAGUGAGAGCUCUGUUGAUAGUGACGAUCCAGCUGACUCAUCAUGCCAUCGUAGCCCUCAGGCAACUGACUUUGACAAUGGUCCUAGAACGGCUGCUGGCAGCCCUUGCAGUGUGAUGCUCAAGGAUCAGUCAUCCACUGUUGCUCCAGUACUCUCAAGAGAGCCUAAAAAAUCAGCUAACAUUUCUUUCAGUAAUCACGUUUCCCCUACAUCGCCUAAACGAAGACUUUUAGGCAGCCAUGUGCCAAACCUACAGGUUCCUUAUAAUGGAGCUUUGUGCAGUGCUCCCGACAGCUCAUUGUCAAGUCCUUCUAGAAGCCCAAUGAGAGCAUUUGGCACUGAGCAAGUCGUGAACUCUGCUUUCUGGGCUGCAAAAACUUAUACAGAUGUCACUCUACUUGGAUCUGGCCACUGCUCCAGUCCAGGUUCGGGUCACAAUUCUGGGCAUAAUUCAAUGGGAGGGGAUAUGUCUGGACCGCUGUUUUGGCAACAAAGCAGGGGUAGCCCUGAGUAUUCUCCGGUACCUAGUCCCAGAAUGACAAGCCCAGGCCCAGGCUCAAGAAUUCAGAGUGGUGCUGUUACGCCUAUUGACCCUAGAGCAGGAGGGACUCCCAAUGAGACACAGACAAGCUGGGCUGAUGAUGGGAAACAACAAAGUCACCGUUUACCUCUUCCCCCGACAAUUACAAUUGCUUCCCCUUUUUCUCAUUCAAAUUCAGCAGCAACAUCUCCUUCUGUGCCACGAAGUCCAGGAAGGGCAGAGAACCCAUCAAGCCCUGGUUCACGCUGGAAAAAGGGAAAGCUGCUGGGUAGAGGGACCUUUGGACAUGUUUAUGUUGGUUUUAAUAGUGAAAGUGGUGAAAUGUGUGCGAUGAAGGAGGUCACAUUAUUUUCUGAUGAUGCAAAGUCAAAGGAAAGCGCUAAGCAAUUAAACCAGGAAAUUGCUUUAUUGAGCCGUUUACGGCACCCAAAUAUUGUGCAAUAUUAUGGGUCUGAAUCAGUUGGUGACCGGCUAUAUAUAUAUUUGGAGUAUGUAUCUGGUGGCUCCAUAUAUAAACUUCUCCAAGACUUUGGGCAAUUUGGCGAACUAGCAAUUCGUAGUUAUACUAAGCAAAUUUUGUCAGGGCUGGCAUAUUUACAUGCUAAAAACACUGUUCACAGGGAUAUUAAAGGAGCAAAUAUACUUGUAGACCCAAAUGGACGUGUCAAGUUGGCAGACUUUGGGAUGGCCAAGCAUAUCACCGGGCAGUCAUGUCCGUUAUCAUUUAAGGGAAGCCCUUACUGGAUGGCACCUGAGGUUAUAAAGAACUCAAGCGGUGCCAACCUUGCUGUGGAUAUAUGGAGUCUUGGGUGCACUGUUUUGGAAAUGGCUACGACAAAACCACCUUGGAGCCAGUAUGAAGGGGUUGCUGCCAUGUUUAAGAUUGGGAAUAGCAAAGAACUUCCAAUAAUGCCAGAUAGCCUCUUGGACGAUGGAAAGGAUUUCAUAAGGCAAUGCUUACAGAGAAAUCCACUACAUCGUCCUACAGCUGCCCAGCUUUUGGAGCAUCCUUUUGUGAAAUAUGCUGCGCCUUUGGAAAGAUCUAUGUUGAGCCCUGAGCCUUUUGAUCCACCCUCUGGGAUUACAAAUGGAGUGAAAGCACUGGGUAUUGGGCAAGGAAGGAAUUUCUCCAACUUGGAUUCAGAUAGGCUUGCAAUUCAUUCAUCUAGAGUUUCAAAAACUAGUAACCAUACCAGUGAGAUCCAUAUUCCAAGGAACAUAUCAUGCCCCGUCUCACCCAUUGGAAGCCCUCUAUUGCACUCAAGGUCACCAUCACACCUAAAUGGAAGAAUGUCACCUUCACCUAUAUCUAGCCCACGUACUACUUCGGGCUCAUCCACUCCUCUUACAGGUGGCAGUGGUGCCAUUUCAUUUAUUCACAUGAAACAGUCCAUCAACUUGCAAGAGGGUUUUGGAGGAAUUUCAAAGCCCUCGAAUGGUCUCUAUGUCAAUGGUUCUUCAUCCUAUCAUGAUUCAUGUCUUGACAUGUUUCGAGGGAAGCAGCCAGGAUCUCAUAUCUUCUCAGAACUGAUACCCUGCGAAAAUGAUGUUCUGGGAAAGCGGUUUGUAAGGCAUGCCCACGCAGAGCAUGAACAAUCAGUUUUAGCUGAUCGGGUGUCUCGCCAACUCCUUAAGGAUCGUGUUAAGAUGAACCUGAAACUGGAUUUAAGUCCCAACUCUCCUUUGCCGAACCGCACAAAUGGUGUCUAACUUGUUUUGAUGGAACCACCAAUCAGUUCAAGCUCUCAAGUUAACCAGACCAUUUUGGAUAUUCUGGAUCAACCAUCCAUCAUGCUGAAAGUAUAUUUUGUACAAUAAAAACUCAAAAGUUGAAGAACUGCGGAAUAAGGUUGAAGCUCCGGGAAGUUAGUGGCUGGAAGCAGACAACUCUUUUGCAUGGCAUGGGCUUAGUCUUCAGGUUCAUGACAUCCGGUAAGCAAAGCCAUGAGAUGGAACUGAUUCCGGAAUUAUGCAUAUCAAGCUCACAUCCUGACAAAUAACAUACUCUUGUUGUACAUAGAUGCGGUUUUGACUUGUAGAACAUUGAGUGCUUGACUGAUUGGAGCUAUGAAAUAUGCUUGAUUUUGGCCGACGAGGAUGGUUUCUGAUGAUCUGAUCCAUUGCGGUUCCUCUGGUAAGCAAGAAACUCAAGGCAGCAAGAAAUGUAUAUUCUUUGAGAUGUUCAUAUAGAAGGAAAAGAAAAAGCUAAGAGGCAAAUACUAUUUAGCUUUGGAACAAUUUUUUGGGUCUGAAACUGCUGUACAGAAGAUGGAGACUAAGCCGGGGGCCGGACUUGUUAACGAAAUAGUCAGUCGGAGAUUUUUGAAGCCUACACGUUCUGUUUUCUGCACCGAUUUUUUGUGGGCUCAUGUGUAACAUUGUAUAAUGCUGUCUUGAACUACCUAUUUUGUUGUAUCAUCGUCAUCAUGUAUGUAGUGUACAUCAUCACUCAAGUGAAAUGAAGAAAUCUAACUGCAUGGUUCUCUCUUA